ACCCCGGUUGAGUCAACAGGGGGAAUUUGAUCACCUAACAAGCCACUAGUUUAGCAUAAUUUUUUCUUUACCUUUCUCUGUUUUUCUUUUCUUAAUCAUGUUUCGACGCUCGAUUCUUGGACUUCAAAAAGCAGCCAGAAGAAGCUACAGUGCUACUCCCGAACAACCUUUGACAAACUCGGCUGCUCAUAAGUUAGCCGAGGAAGCUUUAGCUCAAAAAACAGGUGCUGUCAAACCUAGAGCUGCUACGCUUCCUAAAGGUGACAAGAAACCCACGAAAGCCAAGUCUGAAAAGAAUAACCAUUACAAGACAGCUUUGGGCGCAGGUGCUGCUGUAGGUCUUGGUCUUGGUGCUAUGUUUUACUAUGGUCGUCCAUUUGAGGAUGGUAGACAAGACAAGUAUGCUGCCGAAAAUCCUUUUGUUGCUGCUUAUAAACGUUGUGUUGAUCGAUUCAAUGAAUUCCAACAGAGUAUGCAUGAACCCAUUUGGGACAAACUUCUUCCUGACCCAUUACCUCAACCCUAUCAACGUCCUUACACUUUGGUCAUCAAUUUGGAUGAGACAUUAGUUUAUUCUUACUGGGAUAAAGAUCAUGGUUGGCGUCACGCUAAACGACCUGGUGUUGAUUAUUUCCUCUCUUACCUUUCUCAAUUCUUUGAAAUUGUCAUUUUCACUUCUCAAUCUUCCAUGAAUGCUAUGCCCAUUUUGGAUAAACUUGAUCCCUACCAAUAUGCCAUGUACAGACUUUACCGUGAAGCCACGCGUUAUGUUGAUGGAAAAUACGUCAAGGAUUUGUCUCACUUGAACCGUGACUUGAGCAAGGUGAUCAUUAUGGACUCUAACCCCGAAGCCUUUACUUACCAACCCGAGAACGGUAUUGCUUUGAAGCCAUGGAAAGGUGAGGCUGGAGAUCAAGGAUUAUUAGAAUAUAUUCCUUUCUUAGAAGCUGUUGGUAUGCUGAUGCCUGAAGAUGUUCGAACUGUAUUGAAGACAUUCGAAGGUCAACAUAUUCCUAUUGCAUGGGCCAAGCGUGAAGAAGAAAUGAAAGAAUUGAGCAGAAUCCAAUGGGAACAAGAACAAGCUCAAAAGAAAUCAUCUCGUAACCUGGGUUCUCUUUUAGGUGGUGGUGCUGCUGCUACACAAGUGGAAGGCCCACCUCCUUCUCCUUUGGAAAUGUUGAGAAAGGAGUACAGAGAAGCUUUUGCCUCUCAAUUCGAAACUCAAAAGAAGGCUCAAGAAGAAGCUAUGGCACAAGAUAUGGAAAGACAGAUGCAAAUGAUGAAGGAAAUGAAGAUGUCUGUUUGGGAUUUGAUGGCACAAGCUGCUUCUGGUCAACCAUUAGCUCCUCCUCCACCACCUUCAAACGAACAACCUCAACAAUAAUAAAUGUAUUACGCUUUCAUUGUAGAAUGACUGGAAUCCUUCUUUUCUUUUUUAGUAACUAUGAAGUGUUUCAAAUGAGAAUGGGGGAAUUCCCGAAACGAUUUGAUUGAAUUACGAUGAUACCGUGCAUAUACAACAUUCAUUUCUUGUGCCAUUGACCAAAAAGUCAAUGAUUUUCGUUCUUCGAGAUAAGCCAACUGGACUUGAAAUGGUGCAACUCAUAGUGCAAGGCAUAAGAGAAUGUCUUGACUCUAUUCAGAUGAUGGAUAUUUCUAGAUCACUUCCAAAUAAGAAUUGCAUGAAUAAAUAAAGGAAAAUAUCCCUUGUUUUUUUUUAAGAUAC